CAGACGUUCACGUUCCCCUCAGGAUGAACUGCUAGAACUUUGUUGAUGCCCUUGGUGAUCUUGUACCAUCGUCAGAUCCAGAGCUUCUCUUCUCUCAAGCUCGUGCAGCUCCACCCACCUGCAGAUAAAAGCCAAACCCUGACCAGGGCUGCUGUUCAGCGUCUGUCCCAAACUCCUCAAAGCUCUGUGAUACUUCCACUCUGCAGCAGCAGCAGCAGCAGCAGCAGCAGCAGCACAUACACACACACACAAAGGGCCCAGGUCUGCAGCUAACACCUGGCUGGAUCCCGUACAUGGCCACCAUCCCACUCAUGCCUUGGAAAAGACCCAGAGAAGCAACCUAAAGUGAGGGGAAUUAGAGGAGAGAGCAGGUGAAGGCGAACGCAGGCGGAGACCUUCAGUUUUAGAGAAGGAAAAUCUGAAAAAAAUGGUGGCUGUACCCCUCCACUCUUUCUACCUACUCAUCUCAGUGUUCCAGCUGUGUUUAUUACACCUGGCCCACGGCGGGGCGUAUUACGGACAUAAACAGCCCCCUCAACAGCAUCAGCCCCCCCUACCGCAGUACAAUGAGGGAUACCCUCAGCAACAGUUUUUGGGGAAUGAGAUGCCAUUAUUUCCUCAGUAUGGAAAAGAGCUUCCUCAGCUGCCACUGCAAAUGGCCAAAGAGAGGCCACUGACUGAGGGAAAAGGACAAACAUUCCCCAGAGGGGCUAAAGGUCCACCUCCCCCUGGUCCUGGUGUAGAAGGUCUCCGAGAGGGUCCGCAAGGAGUUCAGGGCCCCCCAGGACCACAAGGACCACCAGGACCACAAGGCCCCCCUGGGCUGCCAGGUCAGGGAUUGCCAGGGUUACCAGGAAAGCCAGGGCCUUCUGGUCCUCAAGGUUACCCAGGAAUAGGAAAACCUGGCAUGCCAGGAUUGCCAGGAAAACCUGGAGGACCCGGAUUACCAGGACCAAAGGGUGACCUCGGACCCAAUGGUGGUGAAGGACCAACUGGACUUACUGGGCCUCCAGGGCUCCCAGGCCCACCUGGACUCCCCGGCAUUUCAAAACCAGGAGGUCAUGGGCUGCCAGGACAGCGGGGUCCUCUUGGAGAGCCUGGCCAAAAAGGUCUACCUGGGCUUCCUGGUCCUCAAGGUCCCAGGGGAGACAAAGGCGUUGGUCUACCUGGUUUACCAGGUUUGAAAGGACCUGGCGGACCACCAGGUCCACCUGGACAAGCGGGGUUACCUGGGGUUGGCAAACCUGGUUUGAAUGGUCUUCCUGGACAACCAGGGAUACCAGGAAAACCUGGUCCUCCUGGAGAGCCAGGACUCGCAGGGCCACCUGGUGAUAGAGGUCAACCAGGACCAUCAGGCUUACAAGGAAUUGGAAAACCAGGAAAAGAUGGUCUUAGAGGGCAACCAGGGAUCCCUGGAGGGAAAGGGGAACCAGGCCCUUCUGGGUUACCAGGAGGUCCAGGCUUGCCGGGUUAUGGUAAACCAGGGUUUCCAGGACCUAAGGGUCACAAGGGUCAUGCUGGUCCUGCUGGACCUCCAGGCCCAAAAGGUGAUAAAGGUCAUGGAGGUCUUCCAGGGGUCAUUGGUCCUACUGGUCCGAGUGGUAUGCCUGGACCACCAGGUCCAAUAGGGCCCCCUGGUAGUCUUGGCUUCCCAGGGCAAAAGGGAGAAGACGGUGUUAUGGGCCCAAAAGGAAUUCCUGGAAUAAAGGGUGACUUUGGGCCUCCAGGCCUUCCAGGACAGCCAGGUUUGUCAGGAGAGAGGGGACAACCAGGACCAAGAGGUUUCCAAGGGCCCAUUGGCCCUAAAGGAGAAGCUGGUCAUAGGGGUUUACCUGGUGCCCCUGGUGGUGUUGGAUUACCUGGAGCAAGAGGAGAGGGAGGACUACCUGGAGACAAAGGGCACCAGGGACCACAGGGGAUUCCAGGACUUACAGGACCAGGGGGACCAAUAGGACCUCCUGGGCUGCCAGGGCACAAAGGGGAGACAGGCCCACCUGGUAAACCUGGCUAUCCUGGUGAGGGAAAGCCAGGACCCCCUGGUCAUAUUGGUCUUCAAGGUAACCCUGGCCCCAGUGGCCCCGCUGGACUUCCAGGACAACCAGGACAACCUGGACCCCCUGGUCCUCCAGGACUUCCUGCUGCAGGCCCUGACCUCGGGCAGAUCCUCCCUGUGACAGGUCCGUACGCCGGUCAAAAACAAGGUUACAAGAAACCAAAGAAUGGAGGGGACAUUAGUGGAAGUGCUGUGGAGAUGCCUGCGUUCACAGCUAAACUCACAAAUCCGUUCCCUCCUGUUGGCUCUCCCAUCAUCUUCGACAAACUCCUGCACAACGGAAAUCAGGACUACAAUCCCCAAACUGGUAUUUUUACCUGUAGUGUACCAGGGGUCUACUAUUUUGCUUACCACGUCCACUGCAAAGGAGGUAAUGUGUGGGUGGCACUGAUGAAGAACAAUGAGCCAGUAAUGUACACUUACGAUGAGUACAAAAAGGGCUUGCUGGAUCAGGCAUCAGGGAGCGCUGUGCUUCCAUUACGACAAGGUGACACUGUGCACAUACAGCUGCCAUCUGACCAGGCAGCAGGACUUUAUGCUGGUCAAUAUGUCCACUCCAGCUUUUCUGGAUACUUAUUGUACCCGAUGUAAGACAUGUGUAUAAACAAAGGCAAUAAUCAGUCCCUCCAGGAUUUUGGUUGAGUUUUUUUUUUUCAUUAUUGUGGCCAAAAAUGUUUGAUUUUGCAGUGGCUUUUCUCAAACAAUUGCAAUACGAUUUGAGGUGUUUUAUGUCCCCUUUUUUGUGGUAAAAUUGCGGGAAUUGGGAUAAAUUGCAAGCAAAGGAAAAUAGUGUGAUUUUUAAAAAAAAUACUACCAAUCAGCUACCAGUGAACAGUUAUAUGCAAUCACUUCCUGCACGCUGUGAUUACGUAAAGUUACCAUGACACGAAAUGCGACAUUUAGUCCAAAUCACGAACAGUCCGUUGAUUUGCCAUUUCAUGCAGAAUAUUUGUGGUCAUUUAGAAAAAUUGCAAGCUCUUGCUUUAAUUAUUGCAAUCACAAAAUAUAAGUUUCCUGGAGGGACUAGAUAAUAAUGGCAUAUUGAUGGUAAAUUUGACCAUAGUAAUGUUAAAACUGCUUCAGUCUCAAAGUUAAAUGGUUUACAAUAAGUGGUUUUAUAAUAGCAAUUUUCUUGUAGUAAGAACAUACUUCUUUCAAUUAUUCUUUGCAUUAUAUGCAUCACAUCUGUAUUUACAUACAUCAGUGGAGUCUCAAAAAGGGCAGUUCCAAAAAAUUGGGCAAAGUAUUAAUGUGAGAAACUACCAUGUUAAAAAUCAUCUGGUUAUUGGUUAUAAUAUAUAGGAAGCAACAUUUCUUGUGAUGGUUCUAGGUUGUGGAGAGCACAGGUCAAAAAAUACUCCCAAAUAUCUCAGUUGUCACAAGUCUUGUAUGUUUACAUUUAUUCGUAUAUCCAUCCACACAUGUUCAUGAACUGUCUGGAAUAAUUACUGGAACAAUGAGGCUUUACGUUGCAGAAUUGUAAUCACUGUUUUAUUCACGUAACAUACCAGGAUAGCAUUUUUUGCUUUACAGUUAUAUACUGGGCACAUAAGUAGAUAUUGUUUCAUUGUACAAUGCAUUUAUUCACAGCUAUCAUAACAUACAGUUGUGUUAUGUAUUUGUGAUCAUCAUACAGUUAAGUUAUUGUUAGUCUUUUUACGUUACUUUAAAUAUGCAACUUUUCAAUACUUAAUACACAUUUUUACAUAUUCAUCUGAUAGUAAAACAAGAAUUUGGACGAGUAUUUUAUGCAAUUUCAUAUCAUAUCUCAGUUGAGAACAAAAAAAACUUUUACCGUUUUACCCACAAUUAGACAGUUUAGCAAUCUUUAGAUUUUUUUUUCCUUUUGACCAUUUGAUGUCAGCGAUUUGUCUUGUUUUGUUUGUAAUAAAUAUGAAUUCUUUGAAAGAUAUCUGUCAGUUUGUCAGUAUUCUGUAAUUUAUUUGUUUGACUACUGAUUACUUGGGAUUGUUCUGUUUAUUGAACAGUAAAUGAGGGAGAUCAUUCCAAAAUGCAGAACACAACACGCUAAGUGGCAAGAAAAAAAAUAACAUAAAUAUUCAAAAGUACAUUCAUGCUCAUACCCAUUAGUACUCAUAUAUGUCAGUAUUUUACAGUUUUUAUUUUUAGUUUAGUUCUUUAAACUGUGGAUGUGCCAUUUUGGAAUGAAAAGUUUUUUUUUUCCUCCUUGUUUCUUUUGUUUUAUUUAGAUUGGACAAUGGUGCACAGCAUAAGCAUAUGACAAACUGUGCCUAAAGUAUGUGAAUUUUUUGAUCUUUGUC